GCUUCUCAUUUUUCUUUACUUUAUCAGAGGCAGCACCAACACCAAAACCGGUCUGUCAGUAGGUCAGCUUCUCUCUCUUUCGUCUUCUCUGUUAACUUCCACACUACGAAAAACCUAACGCCUCUCGAAAAACCUCAACCUCAACAUCAACCUCACUCGAAUCUCGAUCCACUUCAUUUCUCAAAUCCACAAUGCAUCUCUGAACUAUACCUUCAACAACAACACUAACAAAUUCUUCUUCGAUCUCUCUCUCCAUGGACGACUCCUAUAGUAACAUCUCUUCAACCCAGUUGCUCGGUUCAGUUCCCGCCGUUGUUGGUGAAGAAAAUAAAAACACAAACUAUGAGGUCCCUGAAGCAAAUAUGCAGACAUUUCCCCCAAAUAAUGGAGGAGCAGGAGGAGGAAGUAGGCAAGGUUAUCAAACUCUUGGAAGUCCAACUGAAGGAUUUGAGCAACAACCAGCAAACAAUUGGAGGGGAGUAUUUAAUGUCGCAUCAUACCAGCAAUAUUUUAAUGUGGAUACAGACAUUGUUGUAAACAGAUUGAUGAGUUCUUUGUACCCUUUUACUGGAGAUUUUUUCAGCAAGAUCGACGCUAACCCUGAUCUAUAUGGGCUUAUCUGGAUCUCCACUACAUUGGUAUUUGUGCUAGCUUCACUUGGAAACUGUGGCACGUACCUCAUGGAAAAACAUACUAGCAGCAGUACUUCUUGGAGCUUUGAUGUCAACUAUAUAAAUGUGGCAGCAAGUGUAAUCUACGGUUAUGCAAUUUUGGUGCCACUUGCAUAUUACUUUUUGAUUCAGUAUAUGGGUUCACAUGCUAGCCUUGUUCGAUUUUGGUGCCUGUGGGGAUAUUCUCUCUUUGUCUUUAUUGUGAGCUCUUUUUUACUUCUUGUCCCCGUUGAGUUUCUCCGGUGGGUGAUCAUACUGAUCGCUGGUACCGUCUCAUCUUGCUUUGUUGCCUUGAACCUGAGAUCUUAUAUAGAGGGGAAUGAUCUCACAAUACUGGUGGUUGCUUCCUUCUUUUUGCAAAUGGCUCUGGCAGUCUUCAUCAAGGCCUGGUUCUUUCCAUAGCCUCGUCUCUGAGAUCUAAUUUUGAACCCGCUGUUUGCUUGUUCGUGGGAAUUAACUGUAUGAUAGCCUUGGAGGAAUCUGGAUUUUGUUUGGAAGCGUAAUUUCUAUAUGUUUUGAGAUUGGUGAUUUGGAAUGGUCACACUAUAGUUCAGUUAAAAUAGUUUGAAACAUGGUA